CGCACCGCCACCCCACCUGCUGCUGGUUGCUUGCCGCUGGUGCUGUUGACGCCACAGCGGCACCACCUCAAGCUUCCCUUUGGCUAGCUUUCCCUUCCCCCCCUCCUCAUACUCCAACGACCUGCCAUCACCCCGUGAUUCCAUUUCGUUCCAGUAUCCAACAAAAAGAGAGCAACACACAAUUUCCUUCACCAUGGCUUCCAAAAAGACGGCAAAGCCUGCCGCCGACGACAAUCUCGACGAGCUCUUCUCUGGCAUUGGCGACACCAAGAAAGGAGCUGCCGCCAGACCGACAAAGACAACGGGAGGCUCUGCAAAGGACGACAUCCUCGCUGAUCUUGAAUCACAGCUUGGCGAAGGUACCUCGCGUCCUCACACACCUCGUCUGAAGGAGACUGUAGCCAAGCGCCCGGCUGCGGCAUCCCCUGUUGUGGACGACAAGCGAAAGUCCACCGACAGCACAGGAAGCGGCCGCCCAGCAUUCACGCCCAGUGCUACCAGCUCUGAGCACCAGGAUUCCGACAGAAAGGCGCCUGCUGAACCGGCCGCUGCCGGUGGCGGUUGGUGGGGAGGUAUUCUGUCGACAGCCAGUGCAACUGCCAAUGCCGCCAUGGAGCGUGCUGGUGCCGCCUACAAAGAGAUUCAGCAAAACGAGGAGGCUAAGAAGUGGACCGACCAGGUCCGCGGUUUUGGUGGCCUGGAUGUCGGAGCCCUCAAGAACUACGGCGACGAGCUUCGAGCCCGUGCUAUGCCCACCUUUACCGACUUCCUCAACACCAUUGCACCACCUAUCAGCUCUCACGAACGACUCUCCAUUCACAUCACCCACGACCUUGUCGGAUAUCCUGCUCUGGAUCCUCUCAUCCACGCCGUCUUUGCCCGCGUCAUGGCACAGGUAGAAGGCGGUGACUUGCUCGUGGUCCAGCGCGGUCACGAAAGCGGCUCUCGCAAAACCUACGAUAGCUCGGCUGGCUGGCGAGAUGGACCUUGGUGGAGGCACGUUGAGUCUACGAGGCAGCUCGGCACAAUCAAGGGCUUGGUUGAGGGUACCAAGCUAUGCCGUGCUGGCGCGGAGGCAUAUGCACACGAGUUCUACAGCAGCACAGGAGGCAUCGAGCAGGCCAAGAUUCGCGCGACUGAGCCUCUAAGCGAAACCAACCCUGUUCGCACAUCGGACUUGUUCUUGGCCGUGCAGGCCAUUGAGACGGGGCCAGAGCAGACGCUGUUUGCACGCACUGCUUCUGCUGAAAAGGAGAAGGAAUCCGCCGCCAUCCAGGUUGCCUCGGAGGAGGAGAACACGGUGUGCUUUGCCAUCUUCAUCCUGGACCCUGUCCAUGAGAUUGAGUAUGCCACUGUCAGUCAGGCAGUGCCUGCGCGCUGGGUGCGCUGGCUUGAUGCCACCAUUGCUACAGAUCCGUUGUCUGGCGACGCCCCUCGCACCGAAGUCAACCUGCCUGAUGAGAUCCGCGACAUCAUUGAGAGCGGCGCCGUCGACCCUAGAGAGUGGAUUGCCGAAUGGAUCGAGGAGACUCUCAACCUGUCUGUGGGCGUCGUGGCCCAGCGCUACGUUGCUCGCCGUAUGGGCGUUGGUGAGGGCGGCCCUGUCAAGGGCAAGCAGGCCGAGGAGGAGUCGCAGCUUCGAGGCGAGGAAGCCAGAGCUGGUCUCUUGUAAACGCGUGUCCAGCACAUCAAUGUAACCAAUAUACCAGAGUGUACCUGCCGUGGUUCUCUGUAGCUGCUUGUCUUUCUGUUCUAUAGUAACGACCUUUGUUUUCUUUCCCUUUUUGGCAUUACUUCCCGGAUCGAAUAGUCUUUCAUGUAGCAACCCGCUGAGCUCUCAGAAGGACGAUUUACAUGAUAUCUAAUACCAACAAUACAUGGCCCAAUAAACCACCAUAGAUCUACAAACGUGUAUUUCGUCACCGUUAGUAUCAUCACAUGCUGCAGCGCGUAAAUGUUAAUUACUCUUAUGGUCUCGCCCUCGCUAUCGCACACUACAAGCGCCAAAUAUAUGCCACCC